AUGGCUGUGAAAGGCGUUGAUCGUGUCGACAUAAUGAAGAAAGACAUUGAAAAAUGUUUAAGUUCGCUAGAAGUGACAGAGCUGCAAAUAGAAGACCAAGCGACGGCUCUUGUCCCGGCCCUAAUACAGCACUUGACGAAGACUCCCAGGAACACAGGAGGCUCUCGCAGCCUGCAGAGUAACAGGGUGAUGCCGCAGAUCACCUUUGCCACGAGACCUCAGCACCCUGCUUUCGUCAGGGAAAGAGGCCGCGCAACAAGUGGGCGCGGGGCUCGUGGUGGGGCUGUUGGAGGCCGAGGUGGGGGUGCUGGAGGCCGAGGUGGGGGUGUUGGAGGUCGAGGUGGCGGUGCUGGAGGAAGAGGUGGAGGUACGAGUGGGAGUCGCAUGGGGCAAGAGGCAAUCCAGAACUACCAGAGGAACAGAUUUAGUUUUGUUUAG